GGAGGAGGAAGAGGUGGAGGUUGAGGAUGGGGACGCUGCGGGAUUUACAAUAUGCCUUGCAAGAGAAGAUCGAGGAGCUCCGGCAGCGGGAUGCGCUCAUCGACGAGCUGGAGCUGGAGCUGGACCAGAAGGACGAGCUGAUCCAGAAGCUGCAGAACGAGCUGGACAAGUACCGCUCCGUGAUCCGGCCCGCCACCCAACAGGCGCAGCAGCAAAGCUCCAGCGCCUUGCAGGGCGAGCAGAGGACCAAGAGGCAGGCCAUUUCCGCCGAGCCCACGGCUUUUGACAUCCAGGACCUCAGCCAUGUCACCCUGCCUUUCUACCCCAAGAGCCCACAGUCAAAGGAUCUAAUAAAGGAAGCUAUCCUUGACAAUGACUUCAUGAAGAAUCUAGAAUUGUCUCAGAUCCAGGAGAUUGUGGAUUGUAUGUAUCCAGUGGAAUAUGGCAAAGAUAGUUGCAUCAUCAAAGAAGGAGAUGUUGGCUCACUGGUAUAUGUCAUGGAAG